UUCAAACACCCUUUUUUUGUGGAGUAAACGAAGACGUACUGACUGACCUAAAUAGGCUAACCAACUCUGUCGUCUAAAAUAUGUCUAAACUACAGUCGUUUCGUGUGUUUUUAAAUGAGCGUUUAACGGCGGCUGCUGUGGAGAUUUUCGGUGCAGUUGAGAAAACGGUAGUGGAGUACCAGGAGGAGAAUGAUCGGCUACGGAGACUGCUGCGGAGGACACCGGUGAUACCUCUAUGUAGAAUAGACUCCCUGCAGCUCUCUGUCUCUGAAGAGGAGGUUCCCCCUGAGCAGCAGCACUGUGAGCAGGAGUGGAGCCCGAGUCUGGGACAGAAGGACCCAGAGACCAAACAGAUUAAAGAGGAACAGGAGGAAGUCAGGACCAGUCAGGAGGAAGAGCAGCUUCAAGGGCUCGUUGAUACCAAAGACUCCAUAUUCACUACUUCCUGUGUGAAAAGUGAAUGUGAUCUGGAGAACCCAUGUCAAGAAGCCGUACUCGCUGAACACCCAACUCCCAGUCCACUGAAAACGUCUAAACUACAGUUGUUGAGUGUCUUUUUAAAUGAAUGUUUAACGGCAUCGGCUGCUGUGGAGAUUUUUGGUGCGGUUGAGGAAACAGUAGCAGAGUACCAGGAGGAGAAUGAUCGGCUACGGAGACUGCUGCGGAGGACACCAGAGAUACAACUAUGUAGAACAGACUCCCUGCAGCUCUCUGUCUCUGAAGAGGAGGUUCCCCCUGAGCAGCAGCACUGUGAGCAGGAGUGGAGCCCCAGUCUGGGACAGGAGGACCCAGAGACCAAACAGAUUAAAGAGGAACAAGAGGAAGUCAGGACCAGUCAGGAGGAAGAGCAGCUUCAAGAGCUGGGGCCUGAUAUCAUAGAGUUCAAUUUCACUCCUUCCUGUGUGAAAAGUGAAUGUGAUCAGGAGAACCCACUUUGGUCCUUGACUCUUCCCCAAACCCAGACUGUGGAGAACAGAGAGAGUGACUCUAAACCAGUGGAUCUCAAAUCUUUUGUCCAUGUGACCCACUUAAAUGGUCUUGACCUUCCAGAUAAUGACAGCAAUACCUCAAGCCACAGUACAGCCGUAAGCAACGACACAGUGGGACUUGACAGCAGCCCACCACUGGAUCCCAGCCCAUUGGAGAAACACUGUUCCAAACUCAGCACCACGUCUAGAAGAACUCACCACUGCCGUGACUGUGGAGAAACAUUUGCUCUGAAAGCUGACCUGCAGAGGCAUGUGACUCUCACCAAGAAGAGACUCAGUGAAUGUAGAUUCUGCAGAAAAUGCUACAACUCCACCUGUAAACUGAAGGCCCAUGUCCGACUCUGUCACAGUGGGAAACACUGCACAUGCCCAGUUUGUGGCAAGACCUUCAAAUACAAAGGCUAUCUUUCCAAGCACUUAAGGAUUCACACAGGAGAGAAACCAUUCAACUGUGGUGACUGUGGGAAAAGCUUCACUCAGAAGGGGAACCUAACCGAACAUGUACUGACUCACACAGGAGAGAAACCAUUUAGCUGUGGUGACUGUGGGAAAAGCUUCAGUCUCAAGAAGACACUAACGGAUCAUAUACGAACUCACACAGGAGAGAAACCUUUCAGCUGUGGUGACUGUGGGAAAAGCUUCAAUAAGAAGGGACACCUUUCCGUGCAUCAACUGACUCACACAGGAGAGAAACCUUUUAGCUGUGGUGACUGUGGGAAAAGCUUCAGUCAGAAGGGGAAUCUAAGCAUUCAUAAACUGACUCACAUAGGAGAGAAACCUUUUACCUGUGGAGAAUGCGGGAAAAGCUUUGGGCUCAAGCGACACCUAACCAUGCAUAAACUGACUCACACAGGAGAGAAACCAUUUAGCUGUGGAGACUGUGGGAAAAGCUUUAAUCGCAAGGAGGUCUUAACCAUGCAUAUACGGACUCACACAGGAGAGAAACCAUUUAUCUGUGGUGACUGUGGGAGGAGCUUCAGGCAUAAAGGGUCCCUUAAGAUACAUAUAUUGUCUCACACAGGAGAGAAACCAUUUAGCUGUGGUGACUGUGGGAAAAGCUUCAAUCAAAGGGGUAACCUUAACAUGCAUAUACGGACUCACACCAGAGAUAAUUCAUUUUGCUGUGGAGAAUGUGGGAAAACCUUCAAUCAGAGAGGGAACUUAACCACACAUAUACAAACUCACACCAGAGAUAAUUCAUUUCGAUGUGGUGACUGUGGGCAAAGCUUCAAUGAGAAGGGGCACCUAACUGAACAUAUACGGACUCACACAGGAGAGAAACCGUACAGGUGUGGUGACUGUGGGAAAAGCUUCAUUCAGAAGGCCGACCUAAGGAGGCAUAUACUGACUCACACAGGAGAGAAACCACAUGGCUGCUCCGUCUGUGGUAAAGGAUUCACUCAGAAGUCUCAUCUGCUGAGGCAUGUGGAUAAAAUCCACAAAGGAAGAAAACAGGACAGAAACUGAAAGAGGAAAGAACAUUAGGACAAAGAGAUUGUCUGUUAGGAAGCAACAGUGAUGUGGCCCUCAUCAAAUAUGCAGAUGACAUGGCUCUGGUUGCUUGCCUGGAGGUCAAGUCCAUCUCCAGAUACUCCCAGUUCAUUAACUGCCUCUUGACGUGGUUUGACAAUAUCUUAGGAGCUCAGUUUGGGUCUCAACUUACUAUUAAGACUCAGAAUAGUAGAAUACACCAGGUCCAAUUUAGACAUUUGGAUCAGCAGGUUGUUUGUCACUGACAGUCACUCAAUUAGCAAUUUUAGAUUGGAAGUUAGCUGGCUAGACUAUCUAGUAAUCACUGCUGAAUACCGACCAGGCAG